AGGUUAAUCUAGUCAAUCGGCCAAGAGCUUAGGCUACUACUAGUCCGAUGAUUAUGUCACUAACCUAACACUGACUCUGCUGCCUGUAACAUUUCAAGGCUAUUGCGCGGUUAAUGACAAGAUAAAAGGAUAGCAAGAAUGAGAAACCUUACAGCGCUUCUGUCGGUCAUUGCUGUGGUGUCAGGAUACGUGGAGGAACUCGAUGACAAGUUUAAGGACUACCUAAAGCAUGAACUCUGGCUGGUGGAGUUUUAUGCGCCUUGGUGUGCAUACUGUCACACAUUUGAGCCAAUAUGGCAUGAAGUCGGUGCAGAGCUGAAGAGUAUGGGCUCCUCUGUUAAUGUUGGCAAGAUUGAUAGCACAGUGCACACAAGUAUUGCUUCAGAGUUUAAUAUUCGUGGAUAUCCAACCAUAAAAAUGUUUAAAGGAGAGCUGUCUUUUGACUACAAAGGGCCUAGAACAAAGGAUGCUAUUAUUGAAUUCACCAACAGAGUUUCAGGACCUGUGGUAAGAAAACUCUCUAGUGUUCAGUUGUUCCAGCAUGUUAUGAGUCGUCACGAUCUUAUCUUUGUUUACAUUGGAGGGGAGUCGCUCCUUAAGAAAGAAUACUACAAAGCUGCUACUGAGUAUAUUGUCCACACAUAUUUUUUCACUGCAUCUGAGGAAGUCCUUCCAAAGGCAGUCACUCUGCAGGAUGUUCCCGCUGUUGCUGUGUUCAAAGACAGGACGUACUACCUUUACAAUGAAUUUCUUGAUGGUGAUUUGUCUUUCUGGAUAAAUCGAGAACGUUUUCCCUCUUACUUCCAAAUUGACAGCUUCAGUCUGUACCAGAUGGGAGAACUAAGUAAACUUGUGGCGCUGGCAGUAGUGGAUGAGAAGAAUCCAUCUGAAGAAAGCAUUCGUUACAAAACUCUGAUGGAAACACUGUCGACUGAAUACAGAGAUCAUUACAAAAGUGAUUACCAGUUUGGCUUUAUGGAUGGUAAUGAAUAUAUCAAUGGUUUAAUUAUGGGAGAAGUUGAGAUGCCCUCCAUCAUUGUGUUAAAUAUGACCAUUGAUGGAUACUGUCUACCAGAAAGUAAGAUUGAGACCACUGAGGAUUUACUUCGAUUCUUAAACAGUGUUCUGGAUGGCAGUGCAAAGCUACUAGGGGGAAAUGGAUUUUUGCAGCACUCUAAGAGAUCUCUCUAUAAAGCUAAGUCUACUGUGGUGUCGAUGUUCCAGGCAGCUCCAUUCUUCUCCUGUUUUGUGUUUGGACUACCAGUGGGGAUAGUUGGGCUGGUUAUCUGGGGUACAUGUACUGCUGUACCAGCGGAUGAUGAGAAACCUGUGGAAGGAGCUACAGCAAGUCCUGUUUUGGAUGCACGUGGGAAGAAGCCAAUAGAAUUGCAGCCUAACAGUACAGAAAAAACCGAAGAAGCAAAGAAGGAGGAUUAACAUGGACUGUUGAAAUAGGAUCAUGUUAAUCUGUACCAUAUCAUUACAUGUAUUACUGUUUUUCCCUUUUUUAUAAAUCGUCUUCCCAGUAUACAGUAUUUUGUGGUUGGUUUCUUCAUCAAAUAAAGUUCAAGUAACUUAAAUUAACCUAAUUUAUUUUAU